UACCGCUUAUUAAUUUACCCUCGUGCAUGCAUGACAAAGUUUCAACGCACCUCCUCCGUCUCUCCCCUGUAAUCUCAUUUAUCGACAGCAGCGAAACUUUUCUAGAGCGCGGAGCUCCGAUACACACAGAAAAUUAAAUAUUUCCAGACAAGUCAAAGAAAACAUCGAGAAACCAUGUUUCGAUUACCCAAACCGGUAUUUCCAAUUGCGUUGUUCCUUUUUCAAGUCCUUUUACUGGGUUUGUUCGCUGGUUUUGUGGAUUACAAAAAAACAGUUACAACAGCUAUACUUUAUACUCAAUUUCAAGAUGUACAUGUCAUGAUAUUCAUCGGAUUCGGUUUUUUGAUGACAUUCUUAAAGAAGUAUGGUUUCGGCGCUGUCUCUUAUAAUCUGCUUCUCUCCGCUAUCACUAUACAAUGGGGAACGCUACUCAACGCUUGGAUAAGUCAGAGAAUAAAAAAAGAAGAAGGACAUAUUACAACAGAUGUUGGAGACAUUAUACUGGAUGUAAAGAGCCUGAUGACAGCUGAUUUCACCGCUGCCGCUGUCCUAAUAACAUAUGGAGCUUUGCUUGGUAAAGUCAGUCGAUUACAAUUACUGGUCAUAGCUAUCCUGGAAUGCAUCUUCUUUGCAAUCAACGAAGCGGUUAUCAUUGAAUACCUGCAUAUUUCUGAUGUUGGAGGCUCAAUAGUGGUGCAUUUAUUUGGUGCUUACUUUGGCCUAACUAUUUCCGCGAUCAUUCGUAACUAUGGCGAUGAGAAUGGAAAGGAAGGCUCGGUUUAUCACUCUGAUUUAUUCUCGAUGAUAGGUACUUUAUUUUUGUGGGUAUUUUGGCCAAGUUUUAACGCAGGUCCUGUUGGUGGUCAACAACAAAACCGCGCUAUUAUUAACACAUACUUCGCGCUCGCCGCGUGUGUUGUCACCACCUUCUUUGUUUCUGUUUGCGUGGACAAGAAGUACAAGUUAAACAUGGUACACAUCCAGAAUGCAACUUUGGCCGGCGGAGUGGCUGUUGGAACCUCAGCAGAUUUAAUGAUAAAACCAUGGGGCGCUAUUUUGAUAGGAAUGAUUGCUGCUAUAAUAAGCACGUUAGGAUACGCUUAUGUGACGCCUUUCUUGACAAAAAGAUUAAAAGUCCAUGAUACGUGCGGAGUAAAUAAUCUCCAUGGAAUGCCUGCCAUCUUUGCUGGUAUAGCUGCCGCCAUUGCUGCUGCCUCGAUUGAUAAGAAAGAUUACGGAGGAGACAUUUCUAACUUGUACACAAAGAUAAACAAUAGAUCUCUUAAAGAACAAGGUGGAUAUCAAUUCGCAGCCGUUUGCGUUUCGUUCGCUAUAGCAGUUGCUGGAGGAGCAAUUACAGGUGUGAUAAUUAAAUUUUUGGACGGCCUGGACGAAGACGAGAUUUACGACGACGAAAGAGAAUGGGAGAUACCGGAACCAGAUAACGUGUAUAACCUGGACAGAAAUCAAAUGGAGUUAAAGGCUACACACCCUGUCUAAUAUUGAACUCGCUUUUUUUCGUUAAUAUCGACUUUGCUUUUCCGGAUGAUAUCUCACUUGCUUUUUCGGAAAAAUAUAAACUUUCUGUACAUGAUAAAUAAAAGAGCGUGUACAAUUACAAGAAAUAUGAUAAUAUUUACAAUAGAUAAAACUGACUUCGAAUACGAGGCUGUCCUUUCGCAGUUUUAAUUUGAGACUGAAUAAUUUGUGUGGUAAUUUCUAAAUCCAUUUUAUAAAAUUUGUAUAUUAUAUAUCCUCUAUCAUUGCGUGUCAUAAAAGAAAACAUUUCCUUAAUCUUUGGUUGGAUAGAUUUAACCCUCGUUUAUGAUUGUGUUUGUAGCGAUCUAAAUGAUAUUUAUGUGAGGUUAGCA